AUGCUACCAGCGACUGCUGACGAGCCUACCAUCCGGCAGCUCCUCGAGCGUGCCCAAAUUCUUACACUUCGCAAUGCCUUCAUCAUCGGACCAAUUCUCUACACAGCGUUCUGUCUAAUAUACGCCCUAUUUCUCUCCCGCCAACGCAAGAUCCCCGGUCCAUUCCUCGCGCGAAUAACAGGGCUAUGGGAGAUGAAAAAAGUGAUGGACGGAGACAUCCACAAAACGAUGAUCAAGCUGCACGAGAAAUACGGUCCCAUCGUACGUGUCGCACCGAAUCGCUACGACUUCAACACGCUAGAAGCAACAAAAACCAUAUACCGGAUCGGCAACGCAUUUCCAAAGUCAAAAUACUAUGUUCCAUUCGGACCGCAGCAUGAAUCGAAUUUGUUUAACGAGCUCGAAAACGAUACACAUCGUGCGAUGAAGAGACAGCUCGCGUCGCUGUAUUCAAUGUCAACGUUGCUGUCUUACGAAGCCACAGUGGACAACCAGACGGCGAUCAUGAGGCAGAAGCUUGAGAAUUUUGCUGCUACUGGAGAGUUGGUGAAUAUACCGAAAUUCCUCCAGUACUACGCCUUCGAUGUGAUUGGAAUGAUUACUCUUGGAAGUUCCAUGGGCAUGAUGGAGGCAAAUGCAGAUGUGAACGGCAUCUGUGCAACGCUUGACGCUGCAUUUCGCUAUACAUCUGUAAUGGGGCUCUUCCCAACCUUUCAUCCAUGGCUGGUGUCUCUGAUGGGCGCGCUUGGCGCGCGGAGUCCUACAUCUCAAUUAGACAAUUUUGUCAUGGAAAAGAUGGCGCUGCACCUGCACGAAGCUGCACAGGCCGAUGGGUCCAAGAAGAGCGCAACUUUCCUGUCAAAGAUGCUUGCACUGCGGGACCAAGGCAAAGGUACCGACAGGGAUGUCCGAGUCUGUAUAGGCAUGAACAUUGCAGCGGGCUCGGACACAACAGCUAUUAGUUUGAGCUCCAUCGUAUACUACUUAUAUACUAACCCUAAUGUCUUGGAGCGACUUCGACAGGAGCUAGAUGCUCAAUCAAAAGCUGGACGGCUAUCAAAUAUGGCGUCUUACCAGGAAGCUCAGGAAAUACCGUAUCUGCUAGCUGUUAUUAAGGAGGCUCUGCGGCUUCAUUCCGCUGUUGGCACACAAUUGACACGCGUGGUACCAAAGGGCGGUUGCGUGAUAGAAGGACAUCAUUUUCCUGAAGGGGCCGAAGUUGGAGUCAAUGGCUGGGCACUUCAUUAUAACAAAGAGGUGUUUGGCGAGGACGUCUAUGCAUUCCGGCCUGAACGCUGGCUGGAAGGCGAUAAGACGAACACUGCGUUACCUGAAUCUUUUGCAUUCGGUCAAGGAUCACGCUCAUGCAUCGGUAAAAAUAUCAGCAUCCUAGAAAUGUCCAAAGCCAUUCCACAAGUAGUCCAGAACUUCGAUAUCGACAUUUGCCCCAGCGCCCAAGCUUGGUCAACCAACUGCCAUUGGUUUGUGAAGCCUGAGUAUAAAGCACGACUGAGGCGCCGAGCAACAUGA